UGAUGAGAAAAAUAAGAAAUUCAUUUGAUAUUUUUUGAUAACCAUCUUGAUCAACAAGAUAAUUGAGAAAAACUGACCCACAUUGUAAGACAUUGAGUUGAUGGAAUGUGGUGGGGAGCGGCUGGUGUAUACUGUAUAAGGGAGAGAUCAUUCAGCCUCUCCUGGCCUCUCCUGCAAUCAUCCUGCAAACAGUGUAGUUGUGCACAUUACAAUGCAGAAGAAUUUAAAUUCAAGCCAUCAUCAGUUGGAGAUCAUCACAGUGAAAAGCAAAAUGUUGAACAGCAAUUCUCCUGCUGCCACUAAUACCUCCACUGAUGGCGGCUCCAGCAUAGCAUACCAAAUAUAUAUAGAUGCCAUUGAAAUGAAACCGCUUGUAAUGGGCAACAUCAAGGAGCUGGAGUAUGAACGUCCAUACAACCUACUUUGCGUCAAGAGAUGUCAGAGUGAGAAACAUCCAGACUAUGGCGUGAGGAUCAUAGCCCAUGUGGAGCGGGAGAACGACAUAUUAUCGAUCUACCUACCAAAGAUUUACAUCACAACAAUGUUCAAGAGCAUCACAAGCAGCGAGACAGUGGACAUGACUGGCUACAGCAUCAAAGUGUCUCCAGAAGGGCGAACACAUAGGGUGAAGCUGCUGAAAAAUGAGGAGUUGGACAAUAAGGCAGAGUCAACGAUAAAAAAAAGAUGAAAACUAGUACAUUGUAAAGUGCUAAUAAAAUGUUCCCAAUUAUGCCCCUCACCUCAAAAAAAGUUCCCACUGUAGGGUGAAACAGUGAGUGAGAGAAUAAAACAGUGACUGAGAGAGUGAGUGAGUGAGAGUCACACCAAACUAUACUAUACUCAUACCAAUUGCACAAUGUUUUGCAAUAAUAAUUUAUUCCCAAUUUUCCUUUUUUGCAUGAGUCAUCUCUUAUCUCACAAUGCCAAAUGUAGGCAGUGUGAUAUCUGUAAGUAAACUUGAGUGCAAAGUGUAGAGCAGAGUUAACACAUACCUCUAUUGUAGGCAUUCUUGCAAGUUGAUUAAUGUGAAUGUGGGGCACUGUGAACAUUGCUGAGUGCAUUACUAAAUAAAUGAUACUUGACUUUGAGAAUUGAGUCUCAAUCUCAUCUUAUUGGAAAUUUAUAUCUUUGGAUAGGAUAGAAUGGGUAUCAAGAGCUAACACACAAGGUUACAAUAAUUUUCUUUUUUUUAAUUAUUAUACACACAUCAAGGCAUAUCUUCGUCAAUCAGAUACAGAAAGUAACUCUUUCCUUAUUCCUACUGGGUGUAUAUUUCAAAACAUCUAGCUUGAUUCUAAUUUUAUAAUUCAAAUCUAUAUUGGGGUUCUCAAAUUCUUCCUCUAACCAAUAGUUUGACAAAUACAAUGCUUCCAGGUUUUCAAACUGUAAAAUAUACCGACUCUUGUUCCUACAGUAUACCUUUUUGAUUGCAAUAAUGACCAAUUCUGCCCCUUCUUGUAACUCCUCCAAUCUUCUGCAAUUCCCUACUUUCACUUUACCUUUGAUUUCCAGCAUUGUAAUGUUAUUAUACUGCUCCACUUCUUUUUGUGUAAAGGAGGAGUCUUCCAAGUUUUUCUAUACAUCUGACAAAAACUCAAGUGAUUCUAUUCUAGGAAAUGUAUGACCAUUAUAGCUUGUCAUACCAUUGAGUGUAAUUACAGAAAUGUUCUCACCCCUUGGUAGACAAAUGCCAAAUGGUAGACAUUUCUUUUUUGUCACUGUAAGGGAUUACAAAAUAACCCUCUUUCUCAAGGUUUUCGAUAGCUUUGUGUGCUUUAAUAAAAUAGCUAUUUAUUUAUUAAGAGCAUAAUGCGCAACUUUAUCGCUCACGCAUCGCGUGAUAAUUUUGCAAGAGCGAUAAAGAAGCAUUACAUACAACCUUUUUUCUACAACUGCCCAAACCUGUUAAAUUAUUUAUAUCGGCGGAGUUACAAUUACCGACUUUUUAGGUUAAGAUCUGACUUUUUGGCGAGCUGCUUACAAUCAGCUGAUUAGGGAGCAUAAAGAAAUUCUUCUGCGCAUGCACAAAUGAUUUGGAAGCAUAAAGUAAAUCUACUGCUCAUGCGCGGAUGGUUAGCAAGCGAAAAAGUAGAUUCUCCUCAGAAAUAAGCUGUUUUACAAGGAGAAUCGAGCAUUUAAAUUCUUUCUUUACGCACAGUUGUAGAAAAAAUCAUUUUCAUCAGCUUCACUCUCAAUAUUAGGCCUACUUGGAAAAUCAAUAUUCAAGUCCAACCAUUUAUUCCCAGCUAGAAACUCUGGAUUCUCUCUCAAUAGGUUCACCAGGAGUUUUGCAUUUUUUACUUCCCAACCACACGAGUGAGAAUCUUCCUGCUGCCUACACUGGGAUUGUUUGAAAGAUGAUGUGCUCACUAUAUUCAUCAAUUUGGAAAGCCUUUCAUAGAAAACAGUUGCUGAAUCAUUGUUCAAUCUGGGUGCAGAGUCAAAAUGUAAGAAGACUUUGUCUGGCAGCUUUAUAGCUAUCAGACUCCAGUGAGAUCCUUCAGUAUUUCCACCAUUCACAGUGUCUAUUUUGGAGUUUGAGAUUGGGGCCAAUAUUAAUUUAUAGUCAAAAGGGUUAAAAUUUUCUAUACUAUCAAUGGAAUCAUUAUCGUUAUUGGCAAGAAUGAUUUGUGUGCAAAUAAUUGGAUGUAAUAUAAGGACAUUGUUGAGGCCAUUUGAAAUUGUAUUUAUUCGCUCAUUGACCGCUAGAUGGCAGAGAGUUCUAUAAUUUUAUAAUAUCCGUUACACAUCAAUUUAUCGUUUCACGCACUGGAUAGUUUGCCAGUCAGUGUGGAUUUAGCUUUCGUACAGCUAUGUACUUGCUCUUGAGGCUUUGAGAUUCAGGAAAUUCGUCCUGAAUCUGCCUAAAUAUUCGUGUCGUUUAAUAUUAUAGGAAAUUCGGCCUAUACAUUUACUCAUGUACAUAAAUAUUGUCCUUUUUUCCUCUCAUCUAUCCUAUCCAACUGUCCACCUUUUACCUCAAAUAGAAGUAGGCAAGCAAUUCAAUUCGCGACAUGUUGGAUUUGGGAUUUGGUGAGUACCAUUUCUAUGUUCUUUGUAUGUGGUUUUCCUGAAUGGAUAUAUUAUUCAACUCAAAGAUUUGAUUCGUUUUAUACAGUCCACUUCAGAGCAUUUGAAACUUGUAGUUUGAAAUAUUUUAAUUUAAAGAACCAGUAUAUACGUAACAUUCUGGUCAACCGGACUGGAUCGUCUCAUUUAUUUUGGCAUUCAUUUUUCAAUAUAUUCAAUUCAAUUUGCAUUCUAGAAUUGAUUUCGAAAUAUGUAUCAUUAUCAUGCCAGUCAUUGCGUCGCAGACAGUACUGUGCAUUUGUGUUGUAACUGCUUGCUCAACAGAAACUCAUUGUUCAGCACUGCAGAUAAAAUUAUCACUUAUUCCUACUUUGUAUUUGUGAUUUCUCUGUACAAUCGUUGUUCUAUGAUUAUCAUUUCGUUCUCGUUCGAAAUCGUUCAUUCUUGUUAUCGUAAUCUCAUUAUGAUUAAUGAAAAUAAUUAAAUAUUAUCCAAUCAUGAGUGACAGAAAGUUGAAGCUCAAACGAGCUAAACUUGAACAAUAUUUUACACGAAUUCAACGUACUUAUGAGACAAAAAUUUUGGAUCGUAUCAGCUCGGGUGGUGAUAAGAAAUUGCAUUCGCCAAUGUAACAAGUGUUUCCGCUUUCGCCCUACCACAAUACCACCAAAAAUGGGCAAUUGACCGUCAUGCUGAGUGCUAUCAUCUAAACCGUUUGCUACGUGUGGAGUUGAUUAUUGUGGACCCAUUCGGAUCACUAUGGCCAGAAGGCGAAAUCCGUUCAUUUGUAAGUCAUAUAUUUGUCUUUUCAUUUGCAUGGCAACCAAGGCCGUUCAUAUUGAAUUAGUUUCAGAUCUAUCAACAACUAUGUUUUUAUCAGCAUUUCGCCAUUUCCUUUCUCAUCGAGGCCCUUGUAGGGUUAUGUACUCUGACUGUGGCACAAAUUUUGUCAGUGCCUAUGAACAGUUACAAAAAUUAUUGCAGUUAUUGAAUUUGACUGAAUUUCAAAACUCUCUCAUGAACGAAUUGGCAGAGUAUCGUUUAGAUUGGAAGUUUAUCCCUCCAGGCUCUCCCCAUUUUGGUGGAAUUUGGGAAGCCAAUGUCAAAUCCGUCAAAUCGCAUUUGUUCCGAGUGAUCGGUACUCAACUACUCACUUAUGAAGAGUUGAAUACAGUGUUAGUGCAAGUUGAGGCCGUCUUGAAUUCCAGGCCGUUAAGUCCAUUAAGUGAAGAUCCGCGCGAACCUCUCGCACUGACACCUGCUCAUUUUUUGAACUUGACGCCAUUGAAAGCAUUCCCUAUGAGAGAUGUAACUGAUAUUCCAGUAAAUCGUUUCACACGACAUGAACUAAUUGAUCAGUUAGUGCAAUCAUUCUGGAACAGGUGGAGAGUGGAAUAUUUACAUGAGUUACAAACACGGAAAAAAUGGACUAAGUCGUCGCCCCCUCUCACCAUUGGUACCGUAGUAAUUGUCGACCAGCCUAACUCACCACCAUUGCAGUGGCCUAUUGGUAUUGUGGAAGAGGUUUUCCCUGUAGCUGAUGGACAAGUGCGAGUUGCACUUGUGCGGUUGAAAAAUAGUCCUUUGAAAAGGCUGGUAACAAAAUUGUCCCCGUUGCCAACAACUUUUGUUGUCAUGGCUUUUGUUGUAUAUAUAUAAGUUUUUUUUAUUUUUCGAGUUAGUCUGAAAAUUGCUUUUCAGUAGGGGGGGGGGAUGUUGAGGCCAUUUGAAAUUGUAUUCAUUUGCUCAUUGACCGCUAGAUGGCAGAGAGUUCUAUAAUUUUAUAAUAUCUGUUACACAUCAAUUUAUUGUUCCACGCACUGGAUAGUUUGCCAGUCAGUGUGGAUUUAGCUUUCGUACAGCUAUGUACUUGCUCUUGAGGCUUUAAGAUUCAGGAAAUUCGUCCUGAAUCUGCCUAAAUAUUCGUGUCGUUUAAUAUUAUAGGAAAUUCGGCCUAUACAUUUAUUCAUGUACAUAAAUAUUGUCCUUUUUUUCCUCUCAUCUAUCCUAUCCAACUGUCCACCUUUUACCUCAAAUAUAAGUAGGCAAGCAAUUCGAUUCGCAACAUGUUGGAUUUGGGAUUUGGUGAGUACCAUUUCUAUGUUCUUUGUAUGUGGUUUUCCUGAAUGGAUAUAUUAUUCAACUCAAAGAUUUGAUUCGUUUUAUACAGUCCACUUCAGAGCAUUUGAAACUUGUAGUUUGAAAUAUUUUAAUUUAAAGAACCAGUAUAUAUAUACGUAACAGACAUCUUUUGCCUCGUGCAGAUCCCUCAGCUUGUUCCAGAUUUCUGAAUCACUCAGCCAGCGUUCAGUGAUGAUUUCAUUGGAACCUACUGCAUUAACGUUACUGGGUUUGCACUCACCCCCCUUCAAAUGUGAUUUUCAAACAAUCAAUUGUUGCAGCAAUGAAAAUUUCACCCCCUACAUUGAAGCUGCUAUAACAAUGAAAGGAAAACUUGGAAUAGUGAAAUAAUGCAUCAUUUCAAAGAGAAUUCAAUGCU